AUGCAGGAAUUUCCGUUCAGGAGACUGUCUGAUGAUGAUGAAAGAGGUGAUGAUGACCAAAAGGAUGAUAAUUAUGACGAUGUCAACGGCCAUGUAAAUGACUGUGAUGAUAAUGAUGAUGACGAUGUUGGUUAUGAUGAUGAACAAAUUGAUAAUGGCGGAAACGAUGACGACGACAAUGACGAUGAUGAUGAUGAUGAUGAAGAUGAAAAUAAUGCUGCUGAUAAUGUUGUUGCUGCUGUUGAAUAUGAUGAUGAUGAGAAUAUUGGAUACAGGAAUGAUGACGAUGAUUUGUUGACGUAA